AUGAAGCGCCGGGUGUCCCCGCUCUCGACCACCGCGCACCGCCUCCCUCUCCUCUCCGGUGCGGCAGUCCGGGCCCCGAGCGCAGAUCCAUUAACGAGUACCGAGGAUGAACAUCAACAGCACGUUCACAAGCACCAAAACCGCUAUCACCGAAAACACCACGCAAGUCUGGACAUCCAAGGCCAUGGCGCAGCGCUGCGGGCCGAGGAGAAGCGCUCUCACAGGCGGCUCUGCUGCGCUCCACGGUCUAGCCGCUUUUCCUCAGAACCAUCGAGUAAUCCACCAUUACAGAGAAGAAAAGGGAAAAAGAGAUGCCCCUACGCCUCUUCACGCUACGUCCUGUAA